GAUCCGUGAGUGGCGGCUGCAAAGCCGCCAUUCAGUCCCCAGUCAAUCUUGAAUUCAUGGAGGCUCGGCACCUGAUUCCACCUUCUAGUUAUUUGAUCUGGAUGAGGAUGGUUUUGCGCGUCCGGCCUCGAUGUCUUCUUGAAGCAUUACAGUUUUCGCCGAUCGCCUAUUGUUCUGCCUUUUUGACGUUCGAGCAGGGUUCCCUUUUGAUUCCUCACUUUCUACCCCUUCCCUUCCCCAUGACUUUCCUUUUUUUAAUUCACGGCAGUUUCCUCGUAGCAUCCCCCAUACACAGGCGUAUUUGUUUGUUAAUCGGUUUCUAUCUUGUUCUAUUUUUCUUUUUGCUUAUUAUCUAUUAUUCGGAAGCUUUCUCGAGGGAUUAGUCUCCAGGGUCCAGGCGUCGUUUAUGAUCCUGAUAACGAAGCUGGCGCUUUUCAAUUUUACCGUGCGACCAUUCCCUUGUUGAUUGAUUCUAUUCUGUG